GGAAAUUGGAAGAUUCUCCGCAAGUCGGCUUGCGUAAUGAUCAUGGCAAUUACGUAUACGAGUUUCUUGAUGUUGGGGCCGAGGCUGAAUUGGAAGAUGAUAACAAGUCUGAUGUGUCAAAAUCUUGGACAAUGGGGAGAAGAAUUGUUGAGUUGAAUGUCCUAGCAAAAGGAAUGUAUUGCUGCACUUGCAAGUGUCCGUUUCACCUGUCAAAUAUUGUAGGAGAACGAUUGUUUGGGCUAGGUGGUCUACUGAUGGUGGAUUGUGAACUGUGUCAUACUGUAACUGAUGUCCAGUUUGGGAAGAGGGGGCCAUCUGGAAGUUAUGACAUCAACACAAAAGCUUCCAUAGGAAUGAUACAUGCAGGGAUGGGCCGAACUCAUCUGCAGAACUUUCUAGCAGAAUGUAACCUGCCAUCCAUUACAGAGAGCACAUUAAGGAAAAAAGAGAAAGAAUUAAGUGGACAGAUUAAAAAUGUAACAAUCCAGUCGUGCAAUAUGGCAUUAAGAGAGGAAAAGUCACUCAGCACAAAUGGCAAUAUUGAAGCAAGUUUUGACGGUGGCUGGCAAAAGAGAGGCUCCGGUUGGAAUUAUAAUAGUAAUACAGGACAUGCAACUUUUUUUGGAAAGGAGACAGGAAAGGUGUUGUCCUUUGAUUGA